AUGAAGCUGAGUGCAGGGGCUAAUUAUGAUCUAUGCAGCAGUAAGGUUGCUUUUCUAGUUUGGGAGGUGUGGAAAGCGAGGAACCUAGCUAUAUAUCAGCAGACUAUUCCUAAUCCUAUACUAGUGAUUCGCAAAGCUAAUCUGAUGGAACUAGAAUUUGGGGAAUUAUCAGAGCAACCAGCAAAGCAUACAACUACUGUAUCGAGAUUAGCCAGCAGGGUUACCUGGAGACCGCCACUGCAAGAUUGGAUCAAAUCCAAUGUUGAUGCUACUUUCAUCGGCGCUCAAUCUGUGGGGGCUGUGGCUGCAGUAUUUAGAGACCAUAAUGGAUCCCUCCUCUCGGGAAUUAAUUCCACCAUAGUUGCGGGUUCGCCAUUGGCUGCGGAAGCAUUAGCAAUUAGGGCAGAUUUAAUUAUGUCACAAAAUUUUCUGAUGCAGAAGAUUAUCAUAGAAUCAGACAAUCAGAUACUUAUUCAGGCACUAAAGUCACAUGCAUCAAUUGCAGAAAUUCAAGUUGUACUAGAUGACAUCCAUCAUUUAGCAAGAAUCAUUCCAAGUUGUGGUUUUAUCUGGGUGCCAAGAGAAGCAAACUCAUUAGCACAUGAAGUGGCGAAACUCACACGGCAGGGAACUCUCCACUAA